UUGAAUUAGUUGAAUGAAAACGUGCAUGCUUUCAGUCAGCAGGUUUUCUCAGCUGCAUGUGUUAGAUAACUUAGAUUACUUUUUGUUCUGAAUUGAGGCCCCCUGUAGUUUUACAUUAAUGGAUUCCUCUGCUCUCCAAGCGGCUAAAUGCCGGGCAGAGAAGGCGGAAAGGCUGGUUGCACAACUCCAACAUCAACUAGAAUACAUCAAACUAAAUGCUCGUGAUGAGAGUGGAGAAAAGGAUCUCCUUCGAGCCAAUGAGAAGCUGAGAUCACGCCGUGAUGAGCUGAAGAAACAGCUGGAAACUUUGGAGGUCCAACAUGGAGUGAAAAUCGUUCCACUGCCUGUCACCAAGACAUCUGCACUACCAUCGUCCGCCGUUCCCGGCAAGACACCUGGCACAGAGAUCGUCGGCGCGCCGCCGACAAAGAAGCUGUGUGUAUCCGAAUUCGGCGAUGCUGCCCCGGCACCCGGGGCUUCCUCUAGCACUGGCACGAGUGAAAGUGCACCUGCAUCAAUCACACCUGCUGCUGCUCCUGCUUCUGCCAAGCCCGCUGCUGCGAAGGCGGAAGCUGCUGCUGCCAAGCCGGAAGCUGCUGCUGCUGACAAGAAGAGCAAAAAGAAGGAGAAGGCGGCCAAGUCUGGUGGCGCCGAAGGUGGAAAGAAGCAACAAGAGGCCGCCGAGGUUGACUUCUCUCGACUCAACGUUCGUGUGGGGAAAAUCAUGUCUGUCCGCCGUCAUCCCGAUGCUGAUGGUCUCUAUGUUGAAGAAGUUGAUGUUGGUGGUGGUGAAACAAGGACCAUUUGCAGUGGUUUGGUCAAGUUCUGUACACUGGAAGAGCUUCAGGAUCGAAUUGCUAUCUUCUGCAUCAACCUAAAGCCAGCCGUGUUCCGUGGCAUCCCCUCGCAAGGAAUGAUACUGUGCGCGGAGAGAAUCGUAGAUGGCGUGUCCGAGGCAUGUGAAGUGAUCCGGCCACCAACGGGAUCCGUGCCAGGUGAUCGUGUCAUCGUCAGCGAAUACAAUUCCGGUGAGCCAGACAAGCAGUUGAAUCCGAAGAAAAAGGUUUUCGAGCGCCUGAAGCCCGAUCUACAGACGAGUGACGAAUGCAUCCCCUGCUACAAGGGCCACCCGUUCACAAUCGAAGGCAAGGGUAUAUGCCGAGUUGAAAAGUUGGCCCGGUGCCAGAUCAAGUAGAUCAGUGUGUGGGUAUGAAUGCGUUUGUGUUGGUGGGAUGCGAGCGUGAUCAUGUGCAUGAGGGUGUAUGUGUGAAUGUGCAUGCAUUUGCGUAAGUCUGUGUAUAUGUGUGUAUAUGUGUGGGUGUGGGUGUGCUUUUGGGAGAUUGCUUCGAGUCUAGAAAUGAUUAGGAUCCUCUCUAUUUCCUGUCAUAUUUUGAUUUUUUAUUGCCACCCUUCCCUUGAGGAGGUGAACCUGUGGCACGCUAUUUGGCUGUGGCUGUUUUCUGCUAUUUUUGUACGCAUGGCUCAUUCAUUGCAUGCAAGUGAACACACGUGUACUGGUAGUUACACAUUAUUCAACAUGAGUGAUUUGGUAUUUUA